AUGAUGGUGGGCUGUUUUGAGAAAGCAACUGGAUUUGAAGGGGUAAUUGUAAGAAAAGGGACUGACGCCAUAUUGGUUUGUGGCGAAAGUACAGCAGUUCGGAAUGUAUCGAGGUGUGUGGAUUUUGGUGGUAUGGAGGGAAAGCUAAAUUCUCGUCUUGAAUCGAAGAUAUUGGAACUGCUUGGCAUUGACCAUAUUAAACCACAUUAUGGAGUUGUUAAAGAUGAUUUAGCAUCGCGAUUUAUGGCCGAACUUUAUGAGAAUCUGGAACAAGAUGUACAUCUUAAUCCGGCUUACAAGUAUUUGGUUAGCAAACCGUUUUUAUCAACUGAAGAGAAAAAAGCAAUUGAAUUAGGCAAAGCUGAUACGAUUGUUUCAUUUUUGCCAAGAGAAGUUUCAACAAAAGACAGCAUGUCAGUAGUUCGUUUUGAUAUGAAUAAUACACUUUUCGGUCCACUUUUAUAUUCAGAAUUUCGCAUAUCUUUUAAUGGAUCGACGAAGCCCUCAUAUGUUAAAGCUUUCCCAUCCAAUAGCAAACGAAAAAGCCCAAUCCAAGCUUACUUAGCAAACAAUGGUCACUUUGUCCUCAACAUUACCGAAUUGCUUCGUCGAUGGGUAACUGGCUCGUCUAAAAUUCCAAUACUUACGAUUAUUGCUUAUUCUGCUGAUGGUCACAAAUAUCCAUUGGAUGCUUUCGGAUUGUGGCAAAGUUUUGGAGUUGCUUCCUUCGCUGAGGGAACCAAUAUUAGGAAACGAUUAAAGCGAAAACGUGCUGUUAAUGAUGAUCUUGUCACAGUUGAUGGUUUUAGCAAUGGGUUUAGUGAUUGGGUGAUUGCUCCGGAUGGUUAUCACGCUUAUUAUUGCGAUGGUUACUGCUCCUUUCCGUUAAACAAUCGAAUGAAUGCAACAAAUCACGCUAUAGUACAAACAUUGGUGCAUUUGAUCGAUCCAUCAAGAACAUCGGAAGCAAAAUGUGCACCGUCAUCGCUGCGUUCGAUGAAAAUACUCUUUAUUGAUAAUGCUCAAAAUGUCGUUCUUAAGCGGUAUAAGGAUAUGCAAGUUCGUGACUGUGGAUGUCAAUAG